AGUCAAGGCCUCCGGUUCGAAUACACCAUGACAGCGCGGCGUGUAGUCGUGUUCUUGUGCGGCCGGUGCUCCCGGUGCUCCCCAUCACACCACCAAACGGACCAGGCGAGGCGUCCUCCAGGCCCUAGCUCUGUGGUGUGCGCCUCUGCGAUACUGCGACUGCGGGGCGCCGGUGCCCGUCCCAUCGGCCGCCGAACUGUGCGCCCCGGUUGCCCACUAGGCCACUACUGCAGUCUGCACUCUGCAGAUAACACAGAGGAAGGCGGAAGCCGAUGGCCGCCGUGGCAAGCCCCGCCCUCCGGCUCCGCCCGAGAGCCGCCUCUACGUCGGCGACCUCCUCCUCCGCCCCUCCUCGCUGUCGCUUCGGCUCCUUCUCUCACUCCUGUUUCAAGUUUGGGAGGUCAUUUCCAGUUCAGAGAGUCAAUGGAAGCACGAUGCAGCAUUUCGGUACUCUAAAAGCUCAAGUUUUUAGCAGCACUGGCGACCAUGAUGGACGAUUUCAUAUUAAGAGGACUAUAUGCUUUGCUGCUACGGACAAGCAGGAGCCGGUCGUUUCACGUUACUCAGACAUGCCGGUUUUGCAUGAGGCAGAAAGUGGUACUAAAGUUACCCCUGCAUCUGAAAACUCCUACUUCGCUGGCAGAGGUGCUGGAAAACCAGGAUUCAUCUCUUUUCAAGAAAGCACCUUCCGAAAGUCAACUGUGGAGAGCGUGCCACAUCCUGGCAAGGAAGCAUCUCGAUUAGUUUGGUUUAUUGGCCCUACUAUUCUCGUGUCUUUCUUGGUUCUUCCAUCUCUUUACUUGCGCAAAGUACUCUCAGCAGUGUUUGAAGAUUCCUUGUUGACAGAUUUUCUUAUACUAUUCUUUACCGAGGCUUUAUUUUAUGGAGGAGUUGCAAUUUUUGUCUUCUUGAUUGAUAAAGUCUGGAGACCUUUGCAGCAAGUAGCACCAAAGAGUUACAUUUGGUCAAAAUCCAGAUUUUUCCGUAUUUCCUCAGUAACAACAAUGGUUCUGAGCUUGAUAAUACCUCUUUUAACAAUGGGCAUGGUAUGGCCCUGGACUGGACCAGCAGCAUCAGCGACUCUUGCCCCUUAUUUGGUUGGACUGGUUGUACAGUUUGCAUUUGAACAGUAUGCACGGCAUCGGAAAUCACCUUCUUGGCCAGUGAUUCCUAUUAUCUUCAAGUGGGGCUGCGGGAUCUGUAUCCAGCUCAUGAGGAAUCCUUUGAGUCGUGGUGGAAGUCUAGCAGCUCCCGGGCAUCGGAUAUUGUGAGAAAAGGUUUCAAUUCUUUAGUGAUCCUAGGUGCUUGGACCAUUUGGAAGCAUAGGAAUAGGUGUGUUUUUGAUGGUUGUAAUCCCAGCUUGGUCAUGGCCCUUAGGAUGGCUAGGGAAGAGGCGGUGCUCUGGUCCAUGACUGGUGCCAAGGCCUUGUCCUUCCUCCAAGUCGAAGAGUUGCUGGCUUAAAACAGCGGUGUGGGUCGUGUUUCCUCCAUGUUUUAGUCGGUGAUCCGUAGUUAGUCUCUAGUGGUGUGUGUGCUGUAUUGGGGUUCUCUCCCCCUUUCUUUUCUUCUAUUAAUACAAAGAUGCGCAGCUCUCCUGCGUAUUCCAGAAAAAAAGUUUUUAGGCAGGAAGCAACUCAGGGUUGCUUCGGGCCAUCCAAAUCCUUCCAAUCCCUCUUCUCCCACGCUACCACGGCGCCACCCAAGCCCCAGGCUCCACGCCGAGUCCCUGGGCAACACUCCUACCACCUACACAGCGCAGGUUCUAUCAGAUUGCAUCAUGAAGUAUUAGCGUUAUUAAUUGUGCUUUCCAGUUAUGCUCAAGUUCAAAUGUGUGGAAACUAUAUAUUUAUAGUUUUAUACUUUUAUUCCAUCUCUUUAGUUUGUGAUCUGAUCAAUCGUACCUGAUAUUUGGGAGCUGGGACUUGGGAUUGGCUAUCAGUGUAUCAAGUAAUUCUGGACUCUAUUGGAAGCAUUUUGAAGAAUCUAUGGGCAACAACUAAGACUGGGAAAUGUGGAAGAAAAUAAUCCAGUGAAGUAUUCUAGUAAAUAAGUUGAUGGUAUUUUUAUUUCUAUGAAGUAGAGCCAAAUGUUGUUCUCUUGUUUGUCCUUUGGAUAUGCUGGGGCCACAAAGAUUAAAAAAGGAUGAUGCUUAUGGGAAGCAAUUUGAUGAUCAGCCAGUAUACUGUUUUGUUGAUGUAAAAGUUUGUAUCCUGAUAGAGGAUUUAAAGACACAAAAAGAGAACCUUAGAAUGACAUAUCCAUCUAAGGCCUAGGUGCAUCCAAUUUUUCCAAGGAUGGUUUAGUAGUAAUGUACACCAGAAGGCUAGGGCCAGGUUGCUUGCAGUUGUUAUUUCUUGGUUCUUGAUAACCACAGCUGGUUUCCCUACUCUGCUCUUGUUCAUUUUGAUUUCGAACAAUCAAGAAAUUGCGUAUUUUACAUUUUUCUAUGAAUGGAUAAGCACUUUGAUGUUACAUGAUGCUCUCAGGUCCAGCUAAAUGCUUCAGUUAGUUCUCGUCAUGUGAUUUCCCCCUCCUUUCAGGUAUACAGGCUACACCAACUGAACAGGGCAGCUCAGCUGGUGACGGCACUCACAUUUUCUGUCAGAGGAACAGAGACAACAAAUCAAACCCUAGCCAUCAUGAACUCAUUAGGAGCAUUACUGACUGUCCUUCAAAUUCUUGGCGUUAUCUGUGUUUGGUCCCUCUCAAGCUUUCUGAUGAGGUUUCUUCCCUCUUCAGACAUUCCUGAUCCCUGACUCCUAGACGUUUUGGUAGAACUUUUGGAGCGUGGGCAUAGCUUCCCAUUGUAAAUUGGUUACACGGAACCAGUUUCACAUGUUUGCAAUGUUUAGCAUUUCUUUAGGGCAUCUUGAUGCAAUCUUCGGCUGAGUAAUUGGAAGAGAAACUGACGCUGGAAUCAAAUAAACAGCAAAUUAAAAGGUCCGAUGCAUUGAGUGUUUCCAUGCUGCCCUUGUGGAUCAAAUUCUGAGCUUGCAAAGGGAUCGGUUUUGUAAGAAGGUAUGCGAGAUUUAGUCAGAUUUAUGGGGUGUUUGGUUUGAGGAAUCACUUCAUACAAAAUGUGGUGGUGCAUCAUGGGUUCAUUCCUCAAAUUUGGUGGGAUGAUCCUAUUUCUCAUAUUAGUACUAACUAACUAUAAGGAAUGAGGUGAUGAUGGAUCAACUCAUUCCAUUCUACAAACCAAACAAAAAAAGUGAGGAGUGAGAAGAUGAAGGACUAGCCAAUUCCUCAAUCCAAACAACUUAUUAAUGUUCCACAAGGCUCUUGCAGAACGCAAUACAUUUCACAAGUUGAUGGCAGUCAUGUACUGUUGUAUAUCAUCGCCAAUUGGUCGGACCCUGCUGAGUGCUGAUGCUAGGAUACGUGGAGCUGGAUCCAGAUGAUUCAAAUUCAAACUUCUCUAUGUUACCUUUGGAAAACAUAUUUCAUGUAUGCUACUGAAUUCAGUUUCCCGUUAAGGGCCUUUCUGGAUUGAAGGAUUUUUUUAGGAAAAGUGUAGGAUUCUAAUUCCUAUAGGAAAAAAAACUUAUUCAUGCCUUUGGAAUAUAGAUAUGAUAAAUAUUUGAUCUU